CUCGCACCCCGUGGGCUGCAGCCGCCGGCGCCAUGGCCCAGCAGCGGGUCCUCCCGCAGAGCAAGGAGACGCUGCUGCAGUCUUACAACAAGAGGCUGAAGGACGACAUCAAGUCCGUCAUGGACAACUUCACCGAACUCAUCAAGACGGCCAAGAUUGAAGACGAGACGCAGGUGUCACGGGCCACCCAGGGCGAACAGGACCACUAUGAGAUGCAUGUGCGAGCUGCCAACAUUGUACGAGCCGGGGAGUCCCUCAUGAAGCUGGUGUCCGACCUCAAGCAGUUUCUCAUCCUCAACGACUUCCCCUCGGUCAACGAGGCCAUCGACCAGCACAACCAGCGGCUGCGCGCGCUGCAGGACGAGUGUGACCGCAAGCUGGUGGCCCUGCGGGAUGAGGUGUCCGUGGACCUGUAUGAGCUGGAGGAGGAGUACUACUCGUCCAGCUCCAGUCUGUGCGAAGCCAGUGACCUGCCUUUGUGCGAAGCUUACUGGAGGUGGGACCAUGACGAGGACUCUGCGCAUGGCCUCGCGGCCCCUCUGCUGGCGUCCCCAGAGCCCGCCGGGCCCCUGCCGGCCACAGCCGCCACCCACGCCCACACGGGUGGCCCUGGUCCCACGGAGCAUGCCUGAACCCACGGGGCCUCUAGCUCAGGACUGAGCUCCAGGGCUCCCUGCCCCGGGUGCCCGCCACUGCUCUGCCGCUUCCAGCCUCCGUCCACCCGCCCCUCUCCCCACAGUGACUGCAGGGCCCUGGGAGCCAGGACAGCCCACCCCAGCAUUGCGUUGGGGGCUCUGGGAGGCCCUGAGGGCACCACCGCCAGCCACACCUGGCCUCCUGUCCCCCUGUACAGCCACGAGUCGGCAGAAAGCAGAAAAUUCUGUUCCGCUGUUUGGUGAUGAGACUGUCCAAUAAAAAUGCCACCACCGGUUUGUGCCGGUUCCUGCUCGG